AUGCGGAACUUUACUUGCGAUCGGCCGCUGAACUGCGUGGCGGUCCGCCCUUCAUUGACAUUUGCCGAUGCAGCUGCAGAGGAUGCUGAAGGAGGCUGCUGCACAGUGCUGGCAGGUGGUGGACAAGAUGCUCGUGACGUUGCUCUGAUUGGCGCUGGAACAGAUGUUGAUCAGUUUGAGCCACUGCCACUCCGGUUUGCAAGAGUUUCAGACUCUGGCGCCCCAGGUAUAGAGCACUGUCCAGCAGAGGGGCCGUGGGACCCGAAACUGCGAAAAGGUGGUCACUUUGGUCCUAUCCACGCUUUGGCUUUCAGCCCCGAUGCUGCUGGGCUGGUAUGGUAUGCCAGGUGUAAUGGGGUUUCGAGUUUGACAUCAUGA